AACUAAAAGUAAGUGAUGUCGAACGGAUCACAAGACCAAACUGUGGACCAGGCAGAACAGCUUGCACUGUUGUUUCCCAAAGACAGUAUAGAGUACAAACUUCUACUGAGGUACACACAGAAAAAAACUCACAGUCAACCCCCACAGAGCAACGGUGUGGGCGAGACGAAGACUGGUUCCCCUACAAAACUUAGGGGCCACAAUAAAUCAAAUAAAAGUAAGAAGUUUCAUCUUCAGAAGUUCUUCAGCUGCAUUCAACCUGCAAAAAAAAAACCUGUCAGACAGCAGGCAUCUACAUUUCCAAGUCCACACCAGGGAGAAGUAGAACAGAUUGUCAACAGGUUGACUGAGAUCACAGAUCAUGUUCAUUUCAUAACAUCGGAUAUAGAAACUGAUAGUGACGAUGUUGUGGAGAGAUUAGUGGAGCUGAUUAGGGAACAUGGAGAUAAACUUAACGAGAAAAUCGAAAGGGACCACAUGCUUAGGAAAAAUCUGCAGGACUGUUUUUCAUACACCUUCUUCAAGCAGGUGACUCAGAUGUUUAUGAGGAGACUGAGUCCAGAAGAACAUCCUACUACACAGAGCCCUGAGCAGGCUAAAAUCGCACUCACCUGUGAGCUGACCAGCCGCCUAAACACCAUGGACUGCCUUCCCAUGAACCGAGCGCUGGGCUUCGGUGCUAAAUACCUGCAGGACUAUUUUACACCCUGGGUCAUCGAACAAGGCGGCUACGAAAAAGUUUUCUGCACACCCGUUGAUGAGGACGAAGAGGUUCAUUAAGAUUUUUCUUGAAAUUCUGGGUUCAGUAAAUGUUUUUCUUAAGAAACCAAACCUGCUAUGAAAACGUUUUUUGUAUGCUUUUUUUGU